GGUUGCGUGUUUGGUUAACGUGUUGUCCGAGUGGAGAUGGCUUCGUUGGGGCUGCGUAUGGGUUGUGCAUUUCGGAUUAUUACCCCGUUAUGUUUAAAGCGUGUUCAAAACGGCUUAACUCACCAUAACUUACACUGUUCCGCGCGAAGGCACCUCUCCGUUUCAUCCCGUCGUCUAGCUGAGCUCAAGUACACGGAGCAGCACGAGUGGGUGCGCAUGGAGGGCGGUGUCGGCACCGUCGGCAUCACCGCCAAGCCGCCCUGCGCGCCGGCUCUGCCGAGCCGGGACCAUGAGGUGGAUCAGGGCGACGAGUGCGGAUCGGUGGAGAGCGUCAAGGCUGUGAGCGACAUCUACGCGCCCGUCUCGGGCAAGCUGGUGGAACGGAACGCCGAUCUGACCGAGACGCCCGACCUGGUCAACAAGGACCCGUACGGCGAGAAAGCUUAG